ACGUCGCAACUCACGUGACGUGCUCUGAGCUGAAGUUGAAAACAUUGUCCAUGAUAUUGCUCUGUCUCUGCAAUUCGAAUGCAAAACACAUUUUUGUAAACGUUUUUUUUUUUACUCAGAUUGAUAAAGCAAAGAUAAAAAACGUUUUACGGAUCAUCUUAUUUCCCUUAAGUGCUGUUUAAUCAACCAUCACACUUACUACAUUUAAAGUGACAAGCGAGCCUUCAAAUUAAGGCUUAGGAGGACCGUAAACAAGCGUGUAAUGGCGACUGAGAUUGAAGCAUGGACUACUGGCCCUCAAAACGACGGAGUUUUCCCAUCGGAGCCAGAGCUGGAUGAGCAGAAUGGGUUGUAUGGCAGUGAGGAUCUGAAUGAGUUGGAAGUGAAUGGGAAUUGGACCCCUCAGGAAAAGGCCCUGCAUGAGGCCAGACUGAAAGCGAAGGCUAAACGCCGCCUGCGCAAAUCCUCCUCCCGAGACUCCACCCGGGAAUCGUUCUCUGACUCGGUUUCAGGAGAGGUGUCUACCGAUCCAAACAGCCCCAAGGGCAAAAAUGCUGUAAAUGACAGAAAGUCACGGACAGGAAAAGGUCGGGGAUUGCCCAAAAAAGGUGGAGCGGGUGGUAAAGGUGUUUGGGGGGCAGCGGGCAUGGUGUAUGAGGUGGAGGAACCUGACUCCAAGGACCCCAACUAUGAUGAAUCUGCUCAGGGAGACACCGUAUAUGCCACAGUAGUACCUGAGCUAGAUGAGAAAGAACUUGAGAAGACCAUCAACCCCAUUGUGCAGGAGUACUUUGAGCACGGAGACACCAAAGAAGUGGAGAUGUUACUCAAAGAGCUGAACCUGGGACAUAACAGAUACGAGUUCUCCUCUCUGGCUGUGUCUCUGUCUCUGGAAGGCAAAGCCAGCCACAGGGAGCUCACAUCACGGCUUCUCUCGGACCUGUCUGGGAAAGUUCUGUCUGAGAAUGACAUGGCACGUGCAUUUGACAAAAUGCUUAAAGAGCUGCCAGACCUCAUCCUGGAUACACCAGAAGCCCCACAGAUGCUUGGGCAGUUUAUUGCUCGUGCCAUUGCUGACCACGCUUUACCCAUGAAUUUCCUCGACUGUUACAAAGGCAAGGUGGAUUGUGACCAUGCCAGAGCCGCACUGGACCGAGCAUCCGUUCUGCUCUCCAUGAAGACGAAGAUCAUGCGGCUUGAUAAUGUGUGGGGCGUUGGCGGCGGCCAGAGGCCUGUCAAACAUCUCAUCAAAGAGAUGAACCUGUUGCUGAAAGAGUACCUGGUUUCAGGUGAGCUGUCUGAAGCCGAGCACUGUUUGCGAGAUCUAGAAGUGCCACACUUCCAUCAUGAACUGGUCUAUGAGGCUGUGGUGAUGGUACUAGAGUCUACAGGUGACACGGCCUUACAGAUGAUGGUCAAGCUCCUGAAGGCUUUUUGGCAAACUGGCCUAAUCACUCUGGACCAGAUGAACAGGGGCUUCGAGCGCGUGUACAAUGAGCUGCCAGAGAUCAGCCUGGAUGUGCCUCAUGCACAAUCCAUUAUGGAAACCUUUGUGGACCUCUGCUUCCAGGAGUCAGUCAUCACUAAACAGCUGAGAGAUUCCUGUCCAACCAGGGGGCGUAAGCGCUUUGUGAGCGAAGGCGACGGAGGGAUCGUGAAGAGCUAGAAGAUCCACAAGAGCUCUGGCAGGCCCCUGAUGCUGAACGGGCAACGUCUCGGGGUAUCUGUCCUCACAGUCAUCAUCGUUCAUCCUUCGAGUACACAGAAAUAUUCUGCGUCAGAAACGCUAUUCUCAUUUAGAAGAGUGACACCUGGGAAAUGCUGUUCUCUCCUCCUUUAUGCAAGGCUUGUUUUUGAUUGUUUAUGUUGGUGUUUGUGCAGCAUAAGCGCUGCAGGGAAAGAAAGGAGAGAGGAAAGCAGCACUGUGUCUUCAGACAGCCAAUAAAUACAGUUUGGGAUGAGGGAAUUUCAGUCUUUUCAGUUCAAGUUGCUCCUAUGCUAUUAUAACAAGUGUUCAUAUGAGGGUGUUCACAGUGGGCCCUCAAUCUUUAGCUUUCCUUGCCAUGUAAUGUGUAAAAUGUAAAGCACAAAAUAACGAAGUUAAUAAAGAAUUGUGCUGUUCAAAUGAAGCCCUUAAUCACAAAUUGUUGGGCCAAAAAGCAAUAUUUUGCAAAGCGAUUGGGGUCACAUUUAUUGGUUUUCAUUUAUGUUGCAUGCUUAGCUGCCAUUUCUUUUUAUUGCUCGAUGAUUGCGUAAAAACUCAUCACCACGAUUGUAACAAGAUUCUGCAGCUUUCUUGGUUUAACUGUUUAUUGACGCUCUCUCUGAAAAUCUCUGGUUAUUUCCAGUCGGAUUUUCCAUCAUGCUUAUUAUUGAUUUUAUUCGUUUUUUCCCAAACGCAUUUCAAGCAAACUAAUUCCGUUUCUGGCUAGUUUGGGCUCUACGUCAAGAAGGUCUCUUUGAUUCUCAUUUUCAUAGCCGCGUAAUUCCGUUCCCUCUCUGACGGUGUAAUUGAGAACAAUCACUUCACUGUUCUUGUGUUGAAGUGGACGACUACAUCUGUUCAGUUAAGCUUACUAUAAUGAUAACUUCAUUGGGUAUCAUUUUUGUAAGUGGUAAACAAAGAAGCAAAUUCCACCAUCUCAAUCAAUACUUUAAAUAUCUCCAAUUAACCAAAACGACUUUUGUACAUGAAAUCAGUCUUUGUAUCUGUUUGUACAUGGGACACUUUUUCAAAAGCAAAUUCAUUAUUUUUGUCAACAAGCAGUUCGAGAAUCCAGCGAUUUGACUAAUUUCAAUAAAAAUGUGCAUGUUUCAUUGUGUGCAUUUAUUCCAGGGCAAGUUGUCACAUUUUACUGCAAUGAAUAUUUCUCAUGGUAGGGUUAUUUUUGAGAGUAUGUUUAUUUAUUUAAAGGAGUCAUAUUCCCCUUGGGCCCCCUCAGAUGUUAGCCCGAUGUUCUGCACCAAAAUGGUCAUAAUUUGCUAAUUAAAUGAGUUACAUGUAAAAAAAUAAAAUGCUUGCCAUUCUUGUAUUUUCUGAGGGUGCUGCUCUCUUUAACGAUGGCCUCUUUGAAGAAGGCCACGCAAAAUAUUAAGGUCAAAGGUCACACGGUUUCAAAAUUAGCUACGUUUCUGAACCGUUGUAUGUUUUAACGCAAGACUAGCUUUAUUGCUAUCCCUGUCUGGACUCGGGAAUGUCCUUUUAACUUGUGCUUGAUGCACGUAAAAUCUACCCACAGGAAUUACAUUAGAAAUGCAUAAUCCGGAGUUCACUUGCCAUCCAUCCAUCCAUCCAUCCAUCCAUCCAUCCAUCCAUCCAUCCAUCCAUCCAUCCAUCCAUCCAUCCAUCCAUCCAUCCAUCCAUCCAUCCAUCCAUCCAUCCAUCCAUCCAUCCAUCCAUCCAUCCAUCCAUCCAUCCAUCCAUCCAUCCAUCCAUCCAUCCAUCCAUCCAUCCAUCCAUCCAUCCAUCCAUCCAUCCAUCCAUCCAUCCAUCCAUCCAUCCAUCCAUCCAUCCAUCCAUCCAUCCAGUCGUCAGGGGUCACAACCUUUUUGACAUGACCCUUUUUGAGUUUAAUUACAGAUGAUAUCAUCAGCAUAACAGUUUGAGUGAAAAUGUGUGCAAAUCCCGAUGAUUAUGAUAUAAUCAUGAUCCUGCAUGUGCAUUUUCACAGAUCAUCUGGAGUGCUUUAAUGAAAGAACACCUGUCCCUUUGUACAAAACGAUUAAACAGAAUUAAUGUCUCAGAAUUGUGUUGAAUCUUCCAUAUUAUAUUGUGAUCAUGUGAUCACUCGUGCACACGCAGCAGUGAGAGGAGCCGCUGUUUGACUGCUAUGAAGUUUUUCCUCCCGUUCAGCUGCUGAAAUCACGCGCGUUAUCAUGAGGGAGGGAUGUAUAUUGGAAUGCAGGUGCACAAUUUACAUAAAUAAAAUAGUUUAUUCUCGUGCCAGUGAUUAAGAGAUGCAUUUGGAUAAAUGUUUAGACAUUAUCAAACUAUUAUUUGUCAAAGUUUACCAUUUUAAAACGUAUUUAAAGUGUCAGUUUUUGCAGUUUGCCAAUAUGCUUAAAAUGGUUUAAAAACACAGAAUAAGCAUUUUUCUACCAAUUAUUUAUUUCAAACAUAAUCAUUAAUAACUAAGAAAAACUUAAAGAAACUGAAAUUAAAUGAAAUUCUGAACCUUCAGUUAGAGGAUAAAACAGAAGAAUCAGAGUAAUUAUUUAGCAAUCUCAAAAUUGCAAACAUGAGAGAGUGUGUGUGUGUGUGUGUGUAUAUGUGAGUGUGUGUG